UUUUAGAUUUUCAAAGGGCAGGACUUAUUGGCUAUGGAAUCAAGUUCGUGAAACUCGUCUUCUGUGUCUUGAAAAAUGCCACCGUAACCGGAGGCACCUAGGAGCUUAAGUGUAACAUACACAGAGUACAGAAAAUGACGAAAGUUCCUCAGGGGUUUGAUUUGAGUUUCUUAAAUGAGGAAGAAGCCAGGAAGAUCUUUCAGGUGCUGGAAAGAAAUGAGGAACUACAAAGGGCAGAGAAGGACAGGAUCAGCAAACUUCGGAAGACAAAGAGGGAUAUCAGAUGGCUCCAAGGAGUGACUGGUGAAUGGUUUGAAGAAAUUCAAAGAAAAAAGUUUUGCAAUGAAACAGAUGUUAGUCAAAUGUUCAAACAACCUCUGAUGUAUAGGCUAAGGAAAGAGAUGGCAAAAACUGAUCCUAUGGAAUUACAAACGUCAAGAUCUAAUAAUAUAACUAAUCCAAAAACCCCCACAUCUGUUCUUUCUCAACUGAGCUUCAGAUCAUCAUUUGCUUCCCUGUUUUCAUUCAGAAAAUCUGGGAGGGAAUCUUUAAAGCUUCAAUCGCUGGGACGGAAAGGGUGUGAUGGCCACGUAGGACCUCCUGUGAGGGAAACCACUGUGGAGACAAAAACAUACAAUUCAUUUCUAAAAAAUCAACCAGUUGACAGUGCAUUUGUCCCCAAGCAAACAAUCAUGAGAGAAGGAAGUGGCAUGCCUCCUCCGUGGGAAGUUUCCAUGCUAGAGAAUGAGUUUCUCCAAGUUUUAGAUGAUUUGGAUAGCACACUGGCUCAGGAACAAUUUGCAAGCUCAGUGAAUACCAGCAUGCCCCACAACUACGGAUCAAGAACACAAUUCAGUCCUUCUUCCUCCAUUGGGAACAGGGAUGGUCAUAUCACCGGAAGACAUAAAAAUCGCUAUAAUGAAACAUCCAAUACGUCAAUUUAUGACAUCCUCAGACCGGGAACUCCUAGGGAAGGUUUUAAAACCUUCUCUCCCAGAACAAGGACAAUUUAUGAUAUGUACAGGACAAGGGAGCCCAGAGUCUUAAAUGAAGAUUACACACAAAAGAAUACUUUUGGCAGUACUUCUUUGUGUUUUGACAGCAGGCAACGAUCAGCCCCAGCAGCCACACGGCAUUUCACAGCAAGAAGCUUACAUUUUCCAGCUGCAACUCAGAGCAAGAGUAGAUUUAUACCACCAUACUACCAGCAGAUCCCAAAGAGAACUCCAUUAUCAUCCAUCGUCUGGAAUAGAUCAGACUAUUCUAGAGAUAGGCAGAACCAGGAAGAGUUCCUGAGGGCACCAUCGCCAAUGGAAAUUGACCCUGCAGACCAGUAUGUGAAUCCUGGCUAUCUUCAGGGAAAUAGGAGAUAUGAAAUGUACAAUUCACAAAAUGCUUACCGAAGUAUUCAUCUAAAUGCUCCCAUGGAUGAUGCAGUAAGUUCUGACACUUCUGAGAACUCAGAGAAUAUGCCAUGCUAUCAUCAAGAUAACCCAUUUGCUAGGUCUUUCUUUAGUGGUACCUUUAGACGAAGCAGAGAACAACAGUUUGGACAAAGUUCUUUCUGGGGUCACCAGGAAGAACAUUUUUCUAGGUCUGACUUUCAUCAAAGCAGGAAGCCAUUUGUUUAUUCCGACAGAGACUUUGAAAUGAUUUCCACUGAAGCAAGUAGAGCACCCACUGCUCAUGGCCACAGUGUCCCUUUUCUGUACUCAAAACCAUUUUCUCCCGGUGAUAUAACAAAUGUUUUCAGGGGCCAAGAAGAGCCAAGUCACUGGCAGUCUGACUUUCAUACACCCCCACUGGAGAGCAUGGAGAUAUCACACGAUAAUGUGAACCAAAUGACUCCUCAUUUUGGCACACAAAAUAUUUGCUCUAUGAGCAGUUCAAGGUAUCACAUCAAAUCUAGUGCUUUAGAAUACCAACAAGAUAGUUCUCCUAUAAAAGUACAUAUAAACAAAGAACCUUAUUCAUCAAGACUUGCUCAGACUCUAACAUCCUCAUCCAAAACUUUCUUCCCCCAGAUUCCUGAUGACAAAGGGAAUUCUCAGAGUCCCACUUUUCUGAAUUCCACAGUCACUUUGCAGAAAGUUAUUCCCAAUAAACCAGACUCCUUGCCAGCAGAAAGCCAUACAGAAGUUACUAUAACCUACAGCAAUCCAGCUGAUCCUCCACCACCUCUUCCUGAAACCCAGCCCAAUAUCUUGGUCACAGAAAUAAAUAAUGAGAAAGACUCAACUGAAUCUAUUUUAGAAGACAAACAGCUAAACAAGAUGGACCAGACAGACAUGACAGGUGAAAUACCUCAACCUGUUUCACAGACUGACAGACAGACAGAUCUUUUACCUGAUUUUCAAAAAUCCUUCUCCCAAGACCCAACCAAAAAUGACAGGCUUGGUUUUAAUGGAUCUACCAUAGUAAGUUCAAAGGGGUCACCAAGAGGCUUUUCCAGGAAAGACACCUCCAAAAUGCAUAUCUCAUACAGAGAUAAACCCAAUGAACUUAAAAAAAAUGAGAGUUUUCCUGGGAACAGAAAACUUAACUCAGCAGCUUCCCUUCUUUUCACUCAGAGAAACAGAAUACCACCAUCUUUCCCUAGCCCAGAUCAAAGUUGUCACCAGAAAUUAACAGGAAGUAAUGAAGAUAUUUCAGACAUUGUCAAAAACUCCUGGCACUCUGAACCUCUGGACAAUCAAAAUACAGAAUUGCCAGCAGGACCUGCUGAUUUAGAUCUUGAAGGAGAACAAAGUUCCACCACUCAUUCUACCAGCUGCAACAAGCUGGUUGCCCGGCACAAUAUCUCUUGUGAUUCUUUAGAUCUAUCAAGAUUACCACCAGAUUCCUCACCAUCAAAUGAUGCUUUCUUUGAUGCUUUUGUGAUUCCUGUUACCACAGUGUACUCUAGAAGCCAAUCAGACACAGAUCCAUCUUCGGGAGAAAGAGAAAAUGCUAGCAAGAACCAAAAUAAUCAGGUUGUUAUAAGCUCCUUAGAUAGCCAAAAGAAUAAUGAUAGUCAUAUGCCUAUAAAUGAUGAAAUCAUCACAUGCCAUUCCUACUGUCCUUUCAAAAGUGGAAGCGGAAAAGGAAGAAUAAGACGUCACAUAUCUUAUAUUGAAAAGUUAAGCAGAAUGAAUACUACAUCAUUACCCACAUCUGAAAGCAGUAGCCUCAUUAAGGAGAAUCAAAGCAAAUCCAAACCUUCUGAACUUAACACCAUUUAUUGUACCUUGCCAAGAAAAUCAGCCAGUUGUCUCGUGAAUGGCAGGCAGCCAGGAAGUAAGAUAAUGGCUACUUCGAUGAGGAAUGGGCCACCUCCGUUCCAAAUCAAAAAUAACAUGGAUGAUCCGGGCAGGAACACAUCAAAUGAAUUCAGUCCCGUUUCUCCUGAGUCUAUGAGCAAAUGUUCCACAGUUGUUUCAGAUUCAGCCUCGGUGGCAUCUAAAGCCACAGCAACGAUGACAAGUGUGAAAGUCGUAAGACCUGCUUCUGUUAGGAAAGGACCUCUACCAUACCUCAUCCAAAGAGCUAAAUCAUGUCCUUCAGCUAAAUCAUGUCCUUCACACUCUUCACCUGGAAGAGAAGAUAGAAAAAAAUCACUGGUCUCAGACGCCCGUGCUUUUGUUGUGACACCAAGGCCAUGGGAGAGAAUCAUGCAAAGUAACUUAUCUAUUAGAGAUGGCCAAAAGGAAUUCUCUCAAGAAUGCACCGAAAAGGAUGGUAAAAUCACUGCCUCUGCCUCUGGGACAAGUGUAGUUACUCUUUCAGAUGAAGACCCUGUACCUUUUUGUGCAGAGGUGUCAGAAAAAGACAGUGGGAAAACAUUACAUAAAUUUAAGACUACUAGUAUGUUUUCUGUUUCUGGUAAUGAAGAUAACGUUCAGUGUCUUGAGGUGGUUUCAAUAUAUUAUACACUACCAAGGAAACCCAGCAAAAAAUUCUGUGACCUCCUUCAACAGUAUACACAAAGUACCAAUUCACUUACAGAAUCACUUCAAGUGGACACUGAAACAUUUCCUAAUGCUUUAGAAGAAGACAGAGUAAAUUAUUCUACACAAGAACAGUCAGGAACAUCUUCAUCUGAAGAUCCAAAAAUACCGGCCAACUCCACUCAGACUCAUCUUUCUCACACCACUGAAAAUAUGGCUGUUUUACAGUCACCAAAUAGGAGGUCCUCGGGGCCUACAUUACAGGAAAUGGCUUGUGUUGGGGUAGAUGUUUCUCUUCAUAAAGGAGAAUCUAAGACCGGAAAGAUUUUCUCACACAACUUAGCUGAAACACCUCCAGGUAUCCCACAAAGCCAGAAAGACAGGAAAGAAACACGCAAAAAUGAAACCCUGCACGCCUCAUUAAGGCUUCAGGAUAAAAGCACCAUAGACGAAAAAUCUGAAGAUGGUCAACAAUCUAUUAAUGCAGGAAACAGUUUUCUCUCUGGUCUCCCAGCCCGUUCUGAAGCUAAUGAUGAAAAUUCCCAAACUGGAAGAAGUUCUGGAGAGUGUGUAGGUAGUGGUACAGCCAUUAUAUCUACUGAAAGUGGAAACUGGCCUCAGAAAGAUCUCACAGCCAUAGCUAUAUAUGAUAAUGCCAGUAGAUCACAGCCUGUGGAAGUCAGAACUGAACCAGAGUGUCAAAAAAUGAUUGACAAAAUUCUUUCUGACUCAGAAAGCCAAGCCCUUGUCCUGACUCCCACAUUGCAUAAACUACAGUUUGUUGACAAGACUCAACCAGGUGAACCAGAUUUAGAAAGUCUACAGUCUGAACCCAGGAAAUUACCUCAAGGAAGGCAGGAGGUAAAUGUAAAAGACAGCAGCAGAGUCAAAGAUGAAAUGUGCGAGUUGGCAUGGGAUCAGACUUUACAUGCUGGAGGAAAUAAUAAACAUAAUGACAACUUGAAUGACCUAGAAAAAGGAGAAAACAGAUCUUUGGUUAAACACAGAUUGCUAGCCAUGUCUAAAGCCAGCAGAAAAUUCCCAGCUAAGGAUUUAAGUCCCCGAAGACAUGUAGCUACUAUUUUCUCCAAAAGUGGAAACAAAUCUGACUUUGGCCACUUACUUCUUGACAGACAGAAAUGCAACUCACUGGCUCCUGAGCCUACUCCAAAGUCAACAGAACCCAUAGAUGAAGGCAGUUUGAGUAAUGAUGGAACGCAUGUGGAGGCUACAGAAAUAUCCAGCAGAGAAACUUCUAGACCCUCCUGUAGCAUUUCAAAGCUAUAUCAGCGUGAACUCAGUGUCUCAGAAUCACCACCAAAGCAUGAGAAUUCUAUAAGUGCAACAGUCGCUGAGGAAGGAGAGUCAGGAACCCCAGCCCAGCUGACAUUCACCAGACUCAGGGAAGCAGACUUAUCUGACCAGAGGAGGCUGAGCCCACCUUUUCCUUUGGAUCCGGCCCAGAAAUCUCCAAUAAGUGCCUCACGGUCCAGUUGUCAGCAGCAACAAGGGAGAGAUUUGACUCUGGAGUGGGAACCUGAGCCUCAUCUCUAUCGAUCAAAGAGUUUAAAAAGCAUCAAUGAGCAUAGUGAUCUGCCAUGCAAAAGUCAUCCUCCCAAAGUCAGGGGACGCCAUUUUUCUGAAAACACUUCUAUUGACAAUGCCUUGAGUCGGCUGACCCUUGGGGACGAGCUCUCUCACAACAGUGGAUACAGUAGAAGAUUUAAAUCUUUUUCUGAACUUCCUUCAUGUGAUGAAAGUGAAAGCUGGGCUUUGUAUAGCAGCAAAGCAAAAACAGGUCUCAAGUCUGCAUCAUCUAUAUCCAGACCUAUUGACUAUGGGAUUUUUGGGAAGGAACAACAGUUAGCUUUCUUGGAGAAUGUAAAGCGGUCACUCACACAAGGAAGAUUAUGGAAACCAAGUUUUCUUAAGAACCCUGGCUUCCUGAAAGAUGAUGUAAUUAGCUCUUCCAACCCAUCAGAGUCUUUAAGCUCAAAUUCUCCUAGCAGUCAGGUGCCAGAAGAUACCUUGAGCCCAAAUGAACCACUUCGUAUAUAUGAGGAGGACCCAGUGGACUCAGACUGUGACACAGACACGACCACAGAUGAUGAAUACUACCUGAAUGAAAAUGACAAAGAGUCAGAACUGUGAAAUUUUGUCAAAAGAUCCAUAGUGUGGUGCAUUUUUCUUUUCAUCAAAAGUUUAUAGCGAGAGCCAGGUGUGGUGGCGCAUGCC